UUUGUACAUCGUAAGGGCGGGACCUCUGGGGCUGUAUCCAUGGGCGGGACUCGAACACGCGAAUCAACAGAAUUAUUGCAAAACUUCCGAUCCACGGCAUUGGAGUGCUGAAGAAUUUUUUAAAAGGGGAAAUAAUCGCAGAUAUCUUGACCAUGGCAGACGGAGCAGUAAGUGCGGACUUGGAUGUUGCAGAUGAGGCGGCAUUUGAAGGCAUCGGGCCGGCCGAGAGCCCCUUAGUGGCAGUCAGCUUCCAGAGAAACGUCCGCAGGAAAGAGAAGUAUCUGGAGGCCGAACCCAAAGCUCUGGGGAUCACCCAGAUCGGCCUCAGUGUGUUUCAGAUCAGCUGCGUGGCCGUGCUUCUGUCCAAAGGCAUGAGUAUCUCCAGCACUGACAUUCCUUUCAUCAUUUCUUCUCUUACGCUGAUAAUAGCUGGGAGUUUGGCUGUCGCAGCACAGAACCUGCAUCUGCCGACGCUGAGAGCCUGUUUGGGAAUGCAGAUUGUGGCUUGUGGCGCCUGCGUCGUCAACUUGAUCUGUUCUGUGGUAAAAAUGGAUUUUUCAAGUUAUUUGUGCUUGUACUUUGACCAUGACAUCAACUCUACUCACCUAGUAGAAACCUGCCAAAAUAUUGAGAGAGCCAAUUCCCAUUUCAUGGCCGAGAUCAUGGUCAUUCAGGCUGCUCUGUUCGCCAUCUCCGCCGCUCUGGCCGCGUACUGCUGCAAGGUGGUCAAUUGCUGCUCGCCAGCUCCCAAAAUGCCGGUGAUCACGGUGCAUGCGUCCCCCCCUGUCCAAUAGUGACGAGACCAAGUGGAGAGGAGCAGGAGACUCAGCCUAACAAAUGCUACACAAAUUUAAGUUGCUCUAAUCAAUAUUUUUAUGUUACCAAUGGAUCAGAUGGCAAUGUGUGAUGUGAAAGAGGUUUUGGUAGUGGGAGCAUUUAGCUGUGAAAGAGACAGAUAUUGUUCUCAUGAGUUAGUGGAGACCAAACCAGACGUAAAAGAGACUAACAUUCAGCACCACGCAACUGAAUGCUAAAGCUGCUCCAAUCUGCUGGAAGUGUAAACAAUACAAGUUGUUUCUGACAUAAUAUUCAUAGCAACAUUAUAUAGUGUUCAUGUGUCAAUGUUGUAUUAACAGCUUUUUUCACUCAAGUGGUUAAAAAAGAAAAAUGAAUAGCAUUGUGGGUUUAAUGAUCUGAGGAGCAGCUUAAGAAAGAAUUUCUAUAUUUCUAUAUUUCUUAAAUUUAAAUGUUCUCAUAUUUUGCAUACAACGAUUUCUUUUCUAUAUGUACUCCUUCUCUAAUUUUGAUUGUGAUCAUAAGGAAAUAGCUAUGUGUAAAGAGUGCUGUGGGAAUUAAAUAAGACAUAAAUAAGUCAGCAUUGGGGGUUCCCUCAUCUCAGUCAAUGGGUUUUUGGUUACCUGAAAUCAUUUCUGUGUAACCUAAACCUUUGUGUCAAUAUCUCACAAGAAUAAAGAAUUAAAAAAAACAUUUGCUUUUUGAGGAGGGAACCAGAGAUGUUAUCUGUUAACUAAAAGGCAACAAGUAAACUCAACACUUGCAGCAUCACCAAUUUGAACAUAUUAAUACUUUUCUGAAAAUGCCUAUGUUGAGAUUUGUAUUACUUGAUGACGAGCACUAAUAUGAUAAUAUAUAAUGCGUUGCUGAUUUUUUUGUAAUUGCAACUAAUAUUCAUAAAAAAUAAAAACUGUGUUAAAAGUUUUGCAAAACUG